AUGAACAGUAUCAAAUACCGUGGUCAUUCCACUUUGCUAAAACAAACAGAACACAAGCUUAUCAUUCCUGAUAGCAAACAUUACUUUCUUCAGAAAUUUGGGCAUGACCACCGCUUAUACGUGCAUAUGACCAGAUUCAUAACUGGGUAUUUUUCUCAUGGAGAAUUCCAUAAUAAAAUGAAUCUUGAAGGCAGUCGAACGUGUUUAUGCACAAAUGCCUAUGAGACAAGAGAUCAUAUCUUGUAUGAAUGCCCAUACUGGAUAAGAAAAAGCAAUAUCAAACCACCUAAAUGUGCGCCUGAUCAAACUCGACUAGAGCUGAUUUCAGCAGGAAAACAGCUUGAGCUCCAAAACAAGGAGCAGGUAGUCACAAUUGAUAACAUACACGAACUUCUGUUGCUCAAUCCACUUGUUGGAACCUUUGAGUGGCAGGACUUGAUGGAACACAUGCAAACAGAUGUGUUUCCACUGUGUGAUGCCAAUACCUCAGAUUGA